AUGUCAACCACUUCGCAUACAAGUGACGAUUCUUCCUCUAUUAAGAAAACACUUCCUAUCAACCCAAAUUUGCUUAAUGAGUUAGAGGAACAAGCUCGUGGCAUUGCUGAUGACCUUGAAGCAAUGUUUCAAAAUUUAAAGUCUCAAAUGUUCCAGGCAUCGGUCGUAACUUCUGCUUCAUUUGAUGUUUAUAAACAAACUGUCGAGAAUUAUGGUACAGAAAUUACAGAAGCAUCAAAUAAAACCCGAGAACUGAUAGAAUUAUGCGAUCAAUUAGAUAAAGAAUUUGUCGAUAUACAAACCUUGGGAA